CUGAACGAACGAUGGUUUUCGCUCACUUCGAACGGGAAGGACCCUUAUGUGAUCCCGUUUCUGACGCCCGCCACUUGUUCCUCCCAGACCGCUCCUCGGGCGAACAUGAAUCGCCGAAGUUCGCUAUCAGGCGAGGGGGCGCCUGAUGCGUUCAGAAGACCAAAAAGGUCCCCGGAUCACCUUUCGCAUGGCAUGACUUUGCCAACUUUGCCAAAGCGGAAGAGAAUGAGCCAGGACCUAGGGGAUUACAAUGCCGUGCAUCAAUAUGUCCUCCUCGCGGCGGCCGAUGUUCUCCAUGUACCCGUGGAAAGGUUGCUCUCCAUAGCAGAAUCGCCCUCAUCUUCGGACAUAUUUGAAACUUCAUCUAGCACGAGUUCAAAUGACCAUGGACAUGGAUCUACUCCGCCUGAUAGUUCUGGUUCCGAGAGAACCUCACAUGUCGUCAGGUCGCGACUUGUCAGGAGACCAAAGGCCCACCCAGCAUUCCACCAAGGCCACACCUCUCUGGCAACCCAUGGAAAGGCAUUUACUGGUGGCGUUGAUAAUUUCAUGUCCGAUCAGCUGUUCGAGAACUUGGAUACGGAACCUCUCGAUGAUUUAUUUGCCACUGAAGAACCGACACCUGCCAUGUCUCAGGACAGCGGGAUAGAGAUGGGAGACAGCAACAUCUGGCCGGAGUCUUCGGUAUCUGAAUUUUCAUUUACUUCAUACGAUCCUCAAACCACCGGUCAUCAGUCUACCACGCUUCUACCAACCGUAGGACCGCUAGCUGGAAUGGACGAUUUUUCCUUUAGUAACUACGCGGAGAUUCCGUUCCAGAUGAAUCAAAGCUUGCAGGACCUUAAUGAGCUCAAUUACUCAAAUGGUAGCUGGAACGUCGCCCCCUCCAACGCUAUUCGACCAAAUGUUGACCUAUUUGCCCUUAACCCUGGUGUUCAAUCUGAUCUCAAGUCCUUCCCCAAGGAGAGUGGCUCCAAAGGCAGACGGCGUGGUCCAUUCCGUGCAGAAGAGCAAAGGCAGGAAACAGGGUUGACUAGGAAGCUUGGGGCUUGCAUCCGCUGUAGCUUGCAUCGUAUCAGAUGUAUUCCGGAUCCGAACAGUCCUUCGGGCUGCUGUAAGACAUGCACCCAGGCUUCACAUACUAAAGCACGCUGGCUGCCAUGUCUACGCUACAAGAUCAUUGACGCGGAACUCUUGGCCCAUGACGUCUGUCCAAGACCCACGUGGACUACGAGAUGGAAGAAGAUGGAGUUGGUCGAUAUUUCCACGUGGGCAUCGAAUUCCAUCAAAUCCAUUCAGUGUACUCAGGAUGUUGGGAAUACAUCCUACACGCUCCAGGUCCGCGAGUUUAAACCAAUCGAGGGAGACGCUCUGUCUCGGCGCUGGAAGAUUGACGGCAUUCCCUACACGUACAAUUGCACCAACUAUGCUGUUGCAGACAUGAGAGAAGCCGGGAAAACUUUGAUGCAAUUCGCGAAACAAUCGCUUCCAGUGGCCAUUAAUCAUUGGGUCGAUGGCCAAGACUCGUUACUGAGACACACGUAUAAUAUGGCUUAUAGUUAUUCAAUUGACGCCGGACUUAGAAACGAAGAUCGCGAAUUGCUGAGCGCUACUUUGCAAUUGUGGGCAGCAUCUCGUAUGAUGUCCAAGGCUGCCCAUAUCUGCGGUCGGGAGACUCUAGGCAUGACGAGGCAGGACUUUGGCCCCAAGUCUGCCAGCACCAACAAGAUCCUGAUGCCUCCUGUCUUCUCCGCUCAGAUGGAAGUCAUAUUCGUGACGAUGAUGCUCCAGCCCCUCAAGAAGGAAAUUCUCGAUAGACUCAAGGUGCUCGUGGGCGAGAAUAACCGUCGUUCUUGGCUGGCGAUAUAUUUAUGCAUCUUCUUGUUGCUCCACAGCUGCGCUCUAUUAACAGCAAGAGAUCGAGAACGAGCAGUCAUGCAAGGAUUUCCCUUACGUUUCUACCGCCCUCGAGUGAUUGACGAAAUCCACAACGGCGCCAAGAUACUCCUAGCGUACUUCCACUUCUGCAACAGAGGAAGUUUCCCGCUACACAUGGACUGGACAUCCGCGGACCAAAUCGCACUGGCCGAGCUGAAGCCCGAGCAGAUCAAAUUCAUGCAGAACAACGUCAAAGAAUACGAGAAGAAGUCGUCACACUUCCGACACAUUCUUGAAAACAAAAUCUACGAGGAUGAGUUCUACUUCAUUGCCCAACUCUACGAGAAAGAUUGGAAGCCCAGACACACAGUGUAA